AUGAGUUUGAGACACUUAACAAGGACCAAACCACUAUCCAGGAGCAUUCUAUAUUCAUUACAACCUUAUAUACUGCGUUUGAGCCCCAUCAGAUGGAACUCAAGUCCAUCGUCGCCACCUUCAUCUACUCCAAAAACCCUCAAACCAUCAUCGUUUGCAUUCCCCACGGAUCCACCAGCAGCACCAGCAGCACCAGCAGCACCAACUGCACCAAAGAAGCAACACGAGCACCACGAGCAACACGAGCACCAAGGAAGCACAACUAGCGCACCAGGACAAGUACUGGACGAUUUCAAAGCCACCUCGCUCACACAUGGCAAGACUGAUAAAGUAAUUGCCAUAACUCCUCGCGCAUGCGCUAAACUUCAAUCAAUCAAAUUAGAGAACCCAAAAGACACAGCGUUGCAAAUACAGGUGGAAAGUGGCGGAUGUCAUGGAUUCCAAUAUAAUCUCCAUUUGAUCAACUUGGACGAGUAUCUAGCCGGUGACAAGAGUGAUGAUGUGUUUGUGUUUGAGCGGGAUGGGGCCCAUAUCGCGCUUGACGACUCGAGUUUGACGAUUUUGCAAGAGCUGAAGUUGGACUAUACCAAGGAGUUGAUUGGAAGUCAGUUCAAGAUUGUGGAUUCGCCGUAUACUUCAACGGCAUGUGGAUGUGGUGCUUCUUUUGAUUUUGACUUUGACAAGUUGGAACAGAAUCAAAAACUGAGGGGGUAA